AUGGCUGCAGCCAUCGCCAGCUCCCUGAUCCGCCAGAAGAGACAAGCCAGGGAGCGGGAGAAGUCCAAUGCCUGUAAGUGUGUCAACAGCCCCAGCAAGAGCAAGGGAAGCUGCGACAAGAACAAGUUGAAUGUGUUUUCCAGGGUCAAACUCUUUGGCUCCAAGAAAAGGCGAAGAAGGCGACCAGAGCCUCAGCUUAAAGGUAUAGUAACAAAGCUAUACAGCAGGCAAGGAUACCACUUGCAGUUGCAAGCAGAUGGAACAAUUGAUGGAACAAAAGAGGAGGACAGUAGUUAUACUUUGUUUAACCUCAUACCUGUGGGUUUACGAGUGGUGGCGAUUCAGGGGGUUCAAACAAAAUUGUAUCUGGCAAUGAACAGUGAAGGAUACCUAUACACAUCAGAACAUUUUACACCUGAAUGCAAGUUCAAAGAAUCAGUAUUUGAAAACUACUAUGUAACAUAUUCUUCAAUGAUCUAUAGACAGCAACAAUCUGGACGGGGUUGGUAUUUGGGUCUUAACAAGGAAGGAGAAAUAAUGAAAGGAAACCACGUGAAGAAAAAUAAACCUGCAGCACAUUUUCUUCCAAAACCAUUAAAAGUGGCCAUGUACAAAGAGCCUUCUCUCCACGAUCUCACAGAGUUCUCAAGGUCUGGAAGUGGGACCCCAACAAAGAGCAGAAGUGUUUCAGGAGUGCUAAAUGGGGGUAAAUCCAUGAGUCAAAACGAGUCAACGUAG